AACAGCUGAUUUGGCGAUUGACAUGUGAAACCACAUUUGGCACUACUGCUGUGCAAAAAGUCUUCUUUCGGGGGUUGAACAUGGAUUUCAUCGCAAUAAUAUUUUAUAGAAAACAACGAAGGUUUACCUAGUCUUACCUAGUCUGCUACUAGCCAGCAAAGAUGUAUUUAUUUCAACCUCCUUCGAGAACAAUUUUGUCCGCUGUUGUGUGGAUGGUGAUUGAGUCGAGUUGUAUCGUGGCAAACUCACAAGUUUACACGGUUCCUCUAUUAAAAGCUAGCGGCAAAGAAAUCAACCUUGCUGAAACUGAAACUGUGUCGGGGCAGUCGCCGACGGAUCGUGUAAUUUCAUUAAAUGUGUCAGUGGAUGACCAGAAAAACAAUAUUCGAGGAAGACCAGGUUUAGGAUAUUACAUCGAAGUAGAUAUAGGGACACCACCUCAAAAAUUAAAUGUACUAAUAGAUACAGGGAGCAGUAACUUUGCAGUAGCAGCAUCAUCCCAUGAUGCAAUAUCAACGUAUUACAAAAGAAAUGAAUCAUCAACUUAUUUAGACCAGGGCACUCACGUGAAAGUGCCCUAUACCCAGGGGGAAUGGAGUGGAGAUCUAGGGAGGGACGUUGUCCGGAUAGCAUCGCUAGCAAACCACAGCUUUCAGGCCAACAUCGCUGGUAUCACAGAAUCGCAAGAGUUCUUCCUCAACGGGUCCAGCUGGCAAGGCAUUCUGGGAUUGGCGUAUGCACGCAUUGCAAGGCCUGACAGUACAGUGGAACCGUUCUUUGACUCUCUCACCAGUCAGACCUCAAUACAGGACAUCUUUGCUCUGCAGAUGUGUGGAGCCUUAGCCUCAAGAAAUGAUACCAGUCUUGAGAGCUCUCCUCAUCAACCAAUAGAGGAAAUGAAAGGUAGCAUGAACAUAGGUGGAAUAGACUCUUCAUUGUACAAUGGCACCAUGCAGUAUAGCCCCCUGAGAGAUGAAUGGUUCUAUGAGGUCAUCAUGACUGAUAUCAAAGUAGGCAACGAUAGUCUCAAUCUAGACUGUAAAGAGUAUAACUUUGAGAAGACUAUUGUGGAUAGUGGAACAACAAAUCUUAGGCUUCCAGAGAGGGUAUUUGAAGCGACAAAGAAUGCUAUUAGAGCCCACACAGCCAAGGAUAUGCCUGAUGUUCCAGCAGAUUUCUGGACAGGACUGGUCCUCAUGUGUCCCACCGACAACACCUUGCCUUACGAACCUUAUCAUUGGUUCCCUACAUUGACCCUUGACCUCCAGUCAACCAAUCAGGGACAGGCAUUCUCAUUAGUCGUGUCUCCGCAGCAAUAUUUGAGACGGGACUAUGAUCACGAGGAUAAAAAGAAUUGUUUCAAGUUUUCCAUUUCUCCUUCAUCAAACAAAGCUGGCGCAGUUAUAGGAGCCAUUGUGAUGGAGGGCUUCUACGUAGUCUUUGACAGGGAGAACAAACGGGUAGGAUUUGCAAGGUCUACAUGUCCCGGUUCUUGUGAAAAGAAGGGAAAGUGCGUUGGAAAUUCGCCUCGUGUUACACAAUCCUUUGACAUUGAUUUUGAUGCUUCCGACUGCGGCUUUGACCGGUCAAACUCCUAUGACCCCGCCCUGACCAUCACAGCCUACGUCCUGGCAGCCGUCUGCCUCGUGUGCCUCCUACCAGUCAUCGUCUUCGCUGUCUCACACCAGUUCAACAAGCGGUGUAAAGGUCACGGAGGUCGCGGGGUCGUGAACCAUCACCGAUUGAAUCAGGAAAGUCUGGCCGAAAAUGAUCUUGAUACGGCACCUUGAUACCUUGUCUUCAAACAAUCUUUAUUUAAACAGUAUUCCAUGCGGUACCUUAAAAGAAAAAAGUAUUAUUAAAGCCUUAAGUUAUAGGACCCUGUAAAUCCCCAUAACUUUCAUUUUUAAAAUCUGCCUCAUGCAGAACUCCGGGAGGAGGGGGGGGGGGGGGGUGACGGGUGUAUCACAAAGAAUUAAGUGUGAGUAAAGUUGCUGUGAUUC